AUGCCCGAAGACGGUAGACGUGGUGGAGAACAGUGGAUUCAGAAAAGGAAAGUCAACGUUCGCAGCCAAGUUGGCGGCAUGUUUGUUGAUCUGAAGGGCGGUGGUGGAGGCUAUCCUCCCGUUAUCUCAUUUGACAACAAGACCUGGGAGACUAAUCCUAAUCAGCAUUGGAUUAUAUUCUCUACCGAUGUGCCAGGCGAUUCUCGUGUCAUGAUCAAGAGCCCAGUGACUGGCGGCUACCUGUCUAGCUAUGGGCAUAGGCGACACGUUGAUUGCGAAACGAGUGACCUUUGGGACGAGAAGUUUCAGUGGUUUCUUGACGGAGGGGAUAUCAACAACAUAACUGAAGAUCAAGUUGUCAGUUUCCGCUCUUGCAAAUAUCCCCAUCUCUAUCUUGAUCUUUUUGGCGGCAAAGGAGAGAGUGGACAACCCUUUAUCACAUUCGAGGAAAACAAUAAUAAUAACCAGAAAUUUCGGCUCUGGUUCAGAUAA